AUGUCGUUCCUCUUCGGUGGUCAGCCCAAGAUGUCCUCGGAGCAGAAGAUCGCUGCUGCCGAGACUGAGGUCGAGAUGAUUUCCGACAUGUUCACUCGAAGAGUUCAGGGAUUUACACUUGAUUCAACAUAUCCUGUGGUGCCCUCCCCAUUCGUUUGCGAGGGCCAUGUCUUUACUGAUGCGAAGGCGCGUACCAGCUUGACCGAGUCCUGCAGCAAGAAGUGCAUCCCGACCGAUUACCGUGAGGGUGACCUCAACAAGGGCGAGUCUGUCUGCCUUGACCGCUGCGUCUCCAAGUUCUUCGACGUCAACAUCAAGGUCAGCGAGAAGAUGCAGCAAGGUGCCGGCCAGCAAGGUGGCGGCAUGGGUUUGAGCAUGUAA